AUGUGUCCAUUACAUUUGUUAUAUAAAGUCCUGCAUCUCUUUAAUUUAAAUGAACAUGUUUGGAUUUUAUAAUCUACUAACCUAGAGCAGAAUUCACUGAAUUGGAAAUAGAGACUAAAGAUCAUCUUGUAUUUACGUAUUAACUUAUUUUAGAAUAUGUUUUAAGUAUUUACCACAGAAAUAUAGCCAAAGUGUCUUUUAUUAGCAUAUGUAUUUAGAAUUAUUAACAUCAAGCCCUAUAAUUAGGACUUGUAAUUAUAUGUUGGGGCUCUGUUAAAGUUACAAGUUCUUCAUGGAAGCUACAAUCUGAAUACUUAUAUAUAUUUGCGCAUAAAUUAUUAUUUUAGAUAAUCCUAGACGCAACCAGUUCCAUCAAUAAACUUAAUGAGACUAUUGUUAUAAGGUUUUUAAAUGGCUGAUGAGGUAAUUACUACUGAUAAUGAACCAACUUAUGGAAAUUCAGAUGUAAAUCAAGAUGACCUGAUUCUGCAACAGCAAAGGGACUUGGAAAAGGAGAUUUCCGAAAAAAUUGCUCUUGUUGGUCUGAAGGAGAAUCUUUCCACAUUAGAGUCAGAAUAUGAUUCCGAUGACAUUUACAGACAGAAAGUCCAGGACUUGUCCAGCAAGUACAAAAGUAUAAGAAGAACAAGACCAGAUGGUAACUGUUUCUUCCGAGGAUUUGCAUUUGCUUAUUUUGAACGAUUGUUAGAAAAUCAAGAAGAGUACAAAAGAUUUAGAGAUGUUGCUUUGCAUAGCAAAGAUUUCCUGAUAUCUUUAGGAUUUCCUCAAUUUACAUUAGAAGACUUCCAUGAUACGUUUAUGGAAGUAGUGGACCUGGUGGGCAAGGGUCCUGAUGCUCAAGAGGCACUCUAUGCUAAGUUCAAUGACCAGGGCUACUCGGACUAUGUGGUGGUGUAUCUCCGACUGUUGACCUCAGGACAACUGCAGAAGCAGGCGAACUUCUACAAGUACUUCAUAGAGGGUGACAGAACUGUCGCAGACUUCUGCAGUCAGGAGGUGGAGCCAAUGUUCAAGGAAAGUGACCACAUCCACAUCAUCGCUCUAAGUGCAGCCUUCAAUGUGGGAGUGAGGGUGAGGUACAUGGACCGAGGCACAACACCUGAGGUCAUCGCUCACGACUUCCCUGAGAACUGCACCCCUGCCAUCCAUCUUCUGUACCGGCCCGGUCACUACGAUAUCCUAUACCCUGGUUAACUGUGAUCGCUGGUAGCAUUUAACUUCUGAUCUCCAAGCCUUUGUGUCAGUUACAAACUGGUUCCAUCAUUAAUUUAAAGUAUUUUGUAUUGUUUGUAUAACAAUAAAAUAUUGUUAACCAA